AUCAUUGUUACAGAUGCAGGACACACCGGCGUGAACCAACUUGGUGGGGUUUUCGUCAAUGGCCGGCCUCUUCCUGACACAACAAGACAAAAAAUUGUCGAAUUAGCUCAUGGAGGAGCACGGCCAUGUGAUAUCAGUAGGAUACUGCAAGUCUCCAACGGGUAA